CGGGACUGGCUCGUUCCCGGCUGCUGCUGCUGCUGCUGCACGGAGCAGGGCGGGGGUGCAAAGAACCCAAGGCAAGCAAGCAAGCGAGCCAGCUAACCGGCACCGGCAGCAGCAGCCUUGCAAGUGCCGCCUUGCAAGUGCCCGGUUGCAAGCUCGGCGGGGGGGAGCGGGUGGCUCGGGGACCCCCGCUGGGCUCCCCUCUCCGCCCGCCCACCUGCCUUCCUGCCCCCCGCGCCCCACCCCGCGCGCUCCCCCGGGAUGAGCAUCUCCGUCCCGGAGGGGCUGACGGAGCUGCUGCAGGGCUUCACGGUGGAGGUGCUGCGGAGCCAGCCGGGGGACCUGCUGGAAUUCGCCCUCCAGUACUUCGGGCGCCUCAAGGCGGAGGCGGGUCCGGGGGCGGCGGCGGCGGGGCGGCAGCAGGAGGACGGCCAGCGCCACUUCAAUGCGGGCCCCCCCGAGGCGCUGCGCAGGGCCCCCUCCGAGGGCGGCCGGGGGGUCAACUUCGCCCAGGAGCCCAUGCAGACCGACUCCGAAGCGGACGACGACGACGAGGAGGAGGAGGCGGAAGGAUUCGCCGCUCCAGUGAUAAACCGGUUCAUUAGAAGGGCGUCAGUGUGUGCAGAAGCUUAUAAUCCUGAUGAAGAGGAGGAUGAAACUGAAUCAAGGAUUAUUCACCCCAAAACAGAUGAUCAAAGAAACAGACUGCAAGAAGCUUGCAAAGACAUACUUCUAUUUAAGAACCUAGAUCCAGAGCAGAUGUCUCAGGUAUUAGAUGCCAUGUUUGAAAAGUUGACUGAAGGAGGGGAGCAUGUCAUCGAUCAAGGUGAUGAUGGUGACAACUUCUAUGUAAUUGAUCGAGGGACGUACGAUAUCUAUGUGAAAUGUGAAGGUGUUGGAAGGUGUGUUGGCACGUAUGACAACCGUGGGAGCUUUGGUGAGCUGGCUUUAAUGUACAAUACUCCCAGAGCAGCUACAAUCAUUGCUACCUCUCCUGGUGCUGUGUGGGGUUUGGACAGAGUCACAUUUCGAAGAAUUAUUGUAAAAAACAAUGCCAAAAAGAGAAGAAUGUAUGAAAAUUUUAUUGAGUCGUUGCCCUUCCUUAAGUCUUUAGAACUUUCGGAACGGUUGAAAGUGGUGGAUGUGAUUGGCACCAAAAUAUACAAAGACGGAGAACAAAUCAUUGCUCAGGGAGACAUGGCGGACUGUUUCUUUAUUGUUGAAUCUGGAGAAGUGAAAAUCACAAUGAAAAGAAAGGGUAAGCAGGAGGUAGAUGAAAAUGAAGCGGUGGAGAUUGCCCGGUACACUAGAGGACAGUAUUUUGGGGAACUUGCUCUUGUAACUAACAAACCUCGAGCUGCCUCAGCAUUCGCACUCGGUACAGUCAAGUGUUUAGUUAUGGAUGUACAGGCAUUUGAAAGGCUUUUGGGACCUUGUAUGGAAAUAAUGAAAAGGAACAUUGCGAACUAUGAAGAACAGCUAGUUGCUCUCUUUGGAACAAACAUGGACAUUUCCGAUCCCAGUGCAUGAAGUGCAGAACGAAGCCACACGAUCUGUUCAUGAGAAAUAGCACAGUAGUGGUUAGUCCACUGAUAAAUGUGUCUAUCUUUCUGUAGAUGCUAAGCAUUUUUUUGUGAUUUUACAGGGGAUUGGGUUUGUUGGCAUUUUAUUUUAUUUUCCCAACUUUUAUUUGCGUGUCUUUACACUGUCGUUCAAGUGUAUAAGUGAACACGGCUGAGAAAUCAUUCUGUUGGCCUGACCUUAAAGGAUUGAGCCCACCAGUAACUCAGCUUCUAGGUAACACUCCGAAAAGAUCAACCCCAUAAGUCUUUCAUUUUUCAAUGGGAAUUUGCAAUCUUAUGUGCAGUUUUUGGGUUAUAACCAUUUGACACCUCUUUAAAAAAAGACCAUGUCUUCUAUAAUAAAGUUACUAACAUUUCUUUUAAAUAAGUCCGUGAUUGCAAUCCAAACUCUUUGUGCAUACUAGCAUGUCUCUUUAUUUUACCCCGCCCGCCCCACCCAAAGAACGGGUCUUUGCUUUCUACUUUUGGAGAAACAUGUUUGUUGGCAAAUAGCAGUGGUGGCUGUUAAGAGAGCUCCGCUUCACCUAAUAAUUGAAUUGCAGCAUAUCUGUGGAAUAAAUGCAUUCCUACUUGUUAAAUAGUUAACGGUUUUUGUUAAAUAUCUGGAGGUAAAAAGAAUAAAUAGGUGUUGGUGGGGUAUUUGCCACUGACAUAAACUAAAGUCAGGGUUUCGUCCAUAUGUCAGAUAAAUGUGGUAUAUUGAAAACGUUAGUGCACCAGUGUUCACAAGUAUCUAGUAUAGAAGGCUAUAUAUUUGGCUUGUUGGCUCUUUGAACGGGCUUUAUUUAAGGUGGUAUUUAUAAAAGUAGUUACCAGAAGCCUUCCAAACAGCAAACCAUGGCUUUGUAUUCAUGAUCAGUUUUAUGAGCUAGGUCUGAGAUUAGCUUUGUAUUUUUGUUUUUAAAGUCCACUUGAUUUUAUAAUAAGAUGUCAGAUUUCAUUUAGGUAUGUAUGAAAGAUACUGCAAUACCUUACAAGAUGUGGAAGAUUUAUGUAAUGCAUCUAUUUUUAGUUGCACUUGAUUUAUAUAUGUGGUAUUGAUUAUUUAGACUUGAGCUGGAUCUUCACUGAAAAAAAUUAAUUUUGAUUUAAGAAAAAGUAACUUUGCAUAGGCAAUGGUCAUAAUCGUGUAUAUAAUUUGCAUAAAUAGUCUUCAAAGCAGUUUUAAUCCUGGUAUAAUCUGGGAUUAGUCACAAGGAUUGCAGUGUCAGAAGAAGGAUCCUCAGUUAAACUGAAUUACCUGGAUUUGGGGUGUCCUUAUUCCACAUGGUUUUUUUCUAUUCCCUUUUAAAAAACAACAACACACAAUUAUGUUUACUUUUUUGAAAAGAUUCCCCCUUGUUUCAGAUUCAGCGAACUUGGACAGUCCCUACCCUAUAAACUGGUUUUAGCUGAAAUAAUGUAAAUGGUGCCUUAGGCCACUGCAGCUAAAGCCAGAUCUAAUCUGGUCAUGCUGUCCUCCACCUGUCUCUGGUGCAGGGAUGUGCUGGUUUUCAGUGAAUGGAGUGGUUCAAGGAACUCAUGGAACAGGGCCACAAAGAAUGUAUGGAAUGGUCUGCAAGGACAAAGGUCUAAUACUGUAGCUAGAUCUAAUUUUUGCCUGCUACAGUCAAUCUAACCAGUUUGAUUCAAAAUAACCAUGAAGAAAGAGUACCAGUUUUUAAAAAGUGUCGUCUUCCUUGGAAAAAAGGCUAUCACUCUGCUUUCAACAUAGAAUACUGUUUUAACCAGCCUUGUAAAUAAGCUUACAAAGUGUUUAACUAGCCUGCUAGAGGCUAACAAAAGAGGGGCAAUGAGCUCUGUCCCUCCUCCAGCAGCCCAUUGCAUUUCUGUGUUGUGCCAUCUUGCUGGGCACAGAGUAGUCCACUCGCUUGUUAGCAUAGAUUUCCAUGCACUCAACCACACAGAAUUCAUUGUCACCUAUGGCUACCAGGCUAGUGCUUAAAUACAAGGCUGGCACACAGUGAUUUCUUCCAUUUUGGGCUGGAGAGAGAGUAUUAACCUUGCAGUGCAUAUGUACGUUAGUAUAACAGUAUAUGGAACAGCUAGUGAUUGGUACAAAUGAAGAAGAAAUGUACAAGGCAGAUAUUAUACAACAAUAUUAUCAGUGUUACAUAAUUUAUAUCAUAUGUUGUGAUAUAAAUGACCAAGUGUCAACUUUUUACAUAAUCUUCCCGAUAAAGCUCCUUUGUUCUUUGAUUUGAAAAAGUGGUUGUGUUGUAUCCUAGGAAGAAACAUCACAAAGUAAACUCUGUGGCCUGGAUGCAAAGAACUACACUACUAGUUUCAUAAGCGGAAAGGGAGCGUGUUUCUUGAAAAGAAGUCGUCUGUAUUACCAAAAAAGGGACUUUCAAAAGCCAUAGAGUGUGGCAAGUUCGUUCUUCAAAGUAAAACAAAAUCACACCUGCCGUAGCUCUUUGGAUCCUGACCAACAACUUUUAUGUUUCUAACUGAUUAUUCUUAAAUAUUAUGUAUUAGUUCAGUGGGGUUUUUUUUGGGGGGGGGGACACAUUAUGAAUUACCUAUGCGAUAGUGAGUUCCACUGAAAGCCUAAAGAAACACCAGUGUCACUUCUGUACCUUUGAAAUAUCCUAGACAUACACAAACACUGUAAGUAUUGGACACUAGAUUCAACAUUUCACAAACCACACUAUGCACCAUUAAGAUUUCUGUAGAAUUCCUCCACCUCCUGCAAUGAAUAUUAGGGCUGCAAUGCACAAAUGCACGCUUCCAGUCACUGAAAGCUGGUUUGCUUCUGGUAGUGUGUGGAUUUAAAAAUUAAGCCACCAGGAUCUUACUUGGUCCUGCCCCUUAGGAAGGCAUGAUCACACAUUAAAUAGGACAGCCAUCUGUAAGGGGAAACAGGUUUACGUGUACAGAACUAUCCUAUCAUGAGUACAAAAGACUGGGAUUUUUGCGGGGGGAGGGUAGUUUGCGGGGGGGGGGGGAGGUCCCAGCAGCUAGUCCCUGUCUUUUUGUGCUGUGUGUGUUAGUAGAUGAUCACCACUGUCAGCUUUGAGAGUAUCAAUGGUUUGUUAGGCAGGGCCCAGGGAAGUGCCUCUUCCCACCCACCUUCCAAUGCUAUCAGAGCUGGGAGUGAUGAUCGACUCUUGGGAGAGCUCCACAAGCACAGAUUGGAUGUGUGGCCAUCUGUCUGGCGGCUGUUGACAUUGAGGUCAACAAUGUGAAUAGUUCAGCUGGGAAUGUAGAGUAGCUUAUCUCGCUAAGGAUGUUGCAUGCUAUGGUUUGGAAUAUGGGUACCCAAAGUAGCCUAGGCAGUGGGGCUUUGUGACAGUCCUUCUCAGCAGUGGGGUUGCCCGUGGACCUUGUUAUGGCAUAGACAGAAUCAGGCCUGCCUUGGUUUGCCAUUGUGCAUGCUUCCUAUCUUCCAGCUCUUUUCUUGGUACGGCCAGUAUAGUGCAGAAGUUGAGUCUUCAUCCACGAAAAAGAGUUACAUUUCUAGAUAAGCCAUGAAGAAAUUAUCACAAGAUGUUGUUGUGAUAAAUGAAUACAUAAAUGCACCUUGGGAAAUGUGGGGGGGGGAGCCACACAAUUGUCCUUUGACCAGGGACAUCUUACAUUUAUGUGGAAAGGGAAAGUCACAUCAUGAUAUGUUCGUAGUUUUGUAUCCCAAAUGGACUUCUAUAUGUAAAAAAAAGAACAUUUGUUUGUCUUUUUAAAAGUAAGAUUCCCAUGCACACAUACCUGGAAGUGUGUACACCCAGCGUGCUUGGAUUGUACAUUUCCCCAGCCAGGGGUGCCAACUUGAAUAAAAUAUUUGGGGAAGGCAGUUAAGCCCCAUCCUGCAUAAUCAACCACAAGACGCGGCACAUGCACACCAUUUGAAUGGCAAUAUGCAUCAACUUUUGGGGGGUUACCCCCUCAAAUAUUUUAUUGAGGGGGGCGAAGGGAUCUCAGCCCCUAGGAGUUGGCUCCUGUGACCCUCGUUGUGUCUAGCACACUCCCAAUACCACCUGGAAGCCUCCUGUUUUAUGUAAUGUUGGUAUAGAACCUGCACUCAUAGGCCAAAAACUGCACAGUUGUUACACCUCAAAAUCUGGGAUUAAAGAUCACAUGGCUUGGAGUUGCCUUCAUUGGAAAGUUAUGAGAUUCAUUGAAAUGUGAGAUGGUGGCACACAUGCAUAGGGCUAAGAGUUUAAAUAUUCCAAAUGAUGGAAGAUUUAAGUAAAAUGGCUUGAGCACAUGCGUUGCAUGAAGACGGUUCAGUUGCUGGCACCCCCAAUUUGAAAAAAGGAUUUGGUGUAGAAGAAUGCUAUCUCUGCCUGAAGCUUUAGAAAGCCGCUGCUACUGUAUCUCAUACUGAACUAGGGGGACCAAUAGUUUAAUACAGUAGGUAUCUUCCUGUGUACAAAUGUCACUGCUGUAAAAUUGUGCCACUUCUUCCUAGAGAAACUAGCUAAAGCCUAAAACAAGAAUAUAUUCCAACAGCAUCACAACACCUUCCUGUAAGGGAUGGUGUUUAGAGGCCUGUGUUAAAUUAGCCAUCCAGGAGCAUAUAGAGGAAGUAACAGCUGUAUUUUAAACUUAAUUGGUUUUAGGAGUUAUUGCUUUUGAUACGUGUGUGUGUGUGUUUGGAAUACUUUUAGAAUAUGGAAAAUAACGAUCUGCCCUGCACCUUUUGGAUAGAGCAGAGUUUUAAAAACAACAACAAGGAAAUAUUCUUAAUUUCCCUUAAAGACGUUUGUGUGCCACUCCCCUUUCCUGAAUGUUAGUAUUCUGUCUUUUUAUUGAAGCCUCUUUUUUAUGGUACCUACAAAUUGUGGAGAUUUACAAUGUACAAAAUUAAUAAAUAAUUUUGAAUAUAGAA